AAAAGAAGGGCGCCGCCUACGUUGGGCACGACUUCCGCCUCAUUUUUACAAUGCGAGAACUUUAUCUUGUAUUUCUAGUAUCUUUGGUGUAAUUACAUCCGUGUGCCUAUCCUCCGAGGCAUAUGGCUGCCAAUUCGUAAAAGACAGUCGUAAAAACAACAUUAAAAAUGGACUUGAAAAAAUAAUUUGAGAAAUAUAUAGCCAAAUUUUAAUCAUUUACGAUGAAAUACAUAUCCAGGAACAAAAAUAUGGAGGCAUUUCCAAUGAGCAUGUCCUACUCCAAUGGCCAGCUGUGGACUGGACUACGAAACGGAAAUAUUAAUGUUCUUGAUCCAACAUAUGGAAAAUUUGACAUUGUCCAGAAUUUCUCUGUUGGUCAUACUGGCAAGAUCACUGGUAUUGCUAAUAAUGUUGGCUGCAUCAUAACAGCAUCCACUGAUAGAACCUUAAAGGUGAUGACCCCUUGUAAUCCUGUGUCGGUGUUGACUACGCUUGAUGACCAAUUACAAGAGCUAACAGAUUUGCACUACCUCAAUGGUGUUCUAGCAUGUGGCUGCAGCGAUUUCACCUGUGGUAUUUGGAAACCAAAGUCAGACUCCUAGCUUGAAAUUUGAUAUCAACAUAUGCAACUACAUAUUGUUAUGGUAUCACAAGCUGGUAGUAAGAGCAGCUUAGCUCAGUCAGCUAGAUCAGUGGCAAAUUCUGUGAGCGUGCACAAGCAAGGCGAUACAGUAUUUACAUAAACUUCGGUUCGUGGUUAAAUUUUAUCCGCUGCUCUCCAUGUUUCUCAGGAAUGCAUGUUUCAAUAACUUCUUGGAUGAACCGUUGGUCUGGUUUUCAUGUUGAAGAAUGCAGUACACUCUUCUGAAAAUGGGAGGGGAUUGUCUCUUUGUAUUCUACAAAAUUAAGACUUAAGUUACCCUUGAUGUAAUUUCGCACAAAAAAAAUCGGAAAUAAUACAAGUACAGAACCACUCGAACUAAUUCCAGCCCUCCAGAGUAGCUGUAGUUGGAAAUAUUGUGUGAAGGUCCCUCCCUUGGCCCCCUCUUUUUCAAAUUCCUGGAUCCGCCACUGCACACAUUUUAAAGGCAAAUCAAAUGCAAAAUCAGUUUUCAUAGCUUCUGACAACUGUAUUUAUUGAGAGCACUCAAAAAAAGAACUGAAAAAUUUAUUCAAUAAACAUGCCUAGAGCUGGCAAACAUUAUUCUAGUAUUAGAGCACAAAAUAAAUAUAAAGCUGUCUAGAUUAUAAAAUUUUCUUUGACAAAAAACUGUUCUAUAGCCAUAUUUUAGUUUAUGAUAGUAGUGAUAGUAUGUCAAAAAAAUGUGAGUCGUUUGGAUAAUGAUUGAGAGUGGGCCUACUACAGUACUUGAAGGAUAAAGCUGCGUAAUAACAUCAGUUAUUUGGUAACAUUAAAGUACUCUCUUGCCAGGAGCAAGAAAUAGAAAUAAAACACAAAACUGAUCUUACUUAUCACCAAAAUACAAAUAUAGUAUAUGAACAAUUAAAUUAAUAUAAAAUUAACUUAAAAAAAAUACAUCUAAAUUUGACAACAUUAAAGUACUCUCUUGCCAGGAGCAAGAAAUAGAAAUAAAACACAAAACUGAUCUUACUUAUCAUAUUAAAGUACUGUACUCUCUUGCCAGGAGCAAGAAAUAGAAAUAACACAAAACUGAUCUUAUUUAUCGUCAAAAAUACUAAUAGAUUAUGAACAAUUAAACUGGCUUAAAAUUAAAAAAUACAUGUAAAAUAUUGUAAUUAUUAAUAUCUUUUAAAAUGUAAAAGGUUAGGUAAGGCAAAGAAUAGAUUAUUUAACCUAAAUAAUAUGUUGCUUUUAUCCUAUGACUAUUGAAUAUGUCUAUGCUUGUGAACUCUCUUAACUUAGUUUUUUUGUUAUUUUAAUAUUUGUGUGUAUAUGUGCAAAUAAAUAAAUAAGUUUGUCAGUACAUGUAUUUAGACGUAUGGACUUCUUCCAGAAAAUAUAGUGUGUCCAGUAUAAUUCAGUAUCUAAUCCUAAAAGGUAAACUUAAAAGAUUUCAUGUUGUUUGCAAUUAUUUCAGUUAGCGCAAAUAUAGUGCAUGUAAUUUCAUUAAUUAAAUUAUUGUAAUUAACUUUAAUACAGUGCAAGAAAAAUGCAAUGAAAAAAAAUGGAUCAUCAUCAAUAAAUUAUAUACUAUUAUUCAUCUAGGCCUCUAUGUCUUGAGAUAAAACUACUGUCUAUUCAAUUGGGGAUUUUUUGAUUGGUUAAUUUUUCGUUUUGGAUUUAUAUUCACCGGCAUUGGCUUUUCUUAUUGCUUUACAAAGAAUAAUAUAUUGAAUCAACCAUGGCUCCUUUAAGUCUUUUAUAUGAUGGUGUUUGUGUAAUCCUGGCACUAUAAAGUACCUACCUGCAAUCUAAAAUUACAAGCAAAAUUGCUUAUUUAAAAGAUUAGUUUUGUGAGAUGAGAUAUAAUUACAAAUUAUGAUAGAUACUGCUAAAUUUUAGAAAAGAUUUAUGUAAUAAAUUUGCCAUCACCGAACAGGCAGUGAGAAACAUCUGUUACCCACACACAAAUAUUGUUUUACCAUAUUAUUUAGAAGCAAACAUCAUACUCCAAGGCUUCUGCUCCACAGCUUUUUGGAAUGCAGAACAUGUUAUUCUUUCCUUUAGUUCAAGAUCUGGCAUAUAAAGCAUCUACAAACAGCACAUAUAUGUAUCCAUACAUUAGCUUAUUAUACUACCACAUUCAUAUAUUUCUUAGUUAUGCAAUCAUGAUAUUCAUAAUGGCAAAUAAUUUAAUCAAGUCUUCUGUAUUUGGCAAAUAAUCACAUUUAAAUUUAAUCUAUUUCUAUAGCUUGUCCAUCCAUUAGAGCAAGCCCUGGCCUCAUAGAGACUAAUUAUACUACAGCAUUUGGCCCAAUCAUACAUCACAUCAGUCUACUACCAUCAUAUUUAUUUUCAAGCAUU